AUGACAGUCCCUCAGCUAGAAGAAGAACUAGAAAAUCUCCCAGCGUUGGCAGUAGUUGAUGAUUCAAAAUCUGCAGAGAAGCCAAAUUUGAAAGGAGAUUGGUUGAAUUUUUUGCUGUUGUUAUUACUAUAUACGAUGCAAGGCAUACCAUAUGGUUUAGCAUUGGCCAUGCCGAUAAUUUUGCAAAAUUACAAAGAUGUGACUUACAAAGAUCAAACUCUAUUCAGUUUUGUUCAAUGGCCGAAUAGCUUAAAACUGAUAUGGGCUCCUUUGGUAGACGCGCUGUACGUACAAAAGAUGGGAAGACGAAAAUCAUGGAUCAUACCGGUUCAAUAUUCAAUUGGAGCAUGUUUCAUUUAUAUGGCUGGCAAUAUUAAUAAAUGGUUGCCGGAAACGGGUAGACCGGACAUACUGAUAUUGGUAUCAGUAUUUCUGUUCAUGAAAACAUUGGCCGCCACGCAAGACAUAGCCGUCGACGGUUGGGCACUGACGAUGCUCAAGAAGAAUAACGUAGGCUUUGCAUCUACAUGCAAUGCAAGCGGUCUAUUGAUUGGCGUAAUGAUAAGUUAUGUUUCUUCCAUCUUGUUGACGUCAGAAGACUUUAGCAACCAGUACUUACGAUUCAGUCCAGGUGUGGGAGGAGUAAUCACUAUGAAAAGUUUAUUCUAUGUCUUGGGUAUAUUUUUUAUAUUAAUAAGCACCUUGGUUGCAAUGUUUAAAAAAGAAAAAGAUAACAGAUUAGAGGACGACCACGUAAAGCUCAACUUUGUUCAAAACUAUUUGCUGCUAUGGGACAUUUUAAAACUACCUGGUAUUCAAAUAUUGGCAUUAACAUUGCUGACAGCAAAGAUCGGGUAUGCUGCAACAGACAGUGUGUCAAUUUUAAAACUCAUUGAUGCAGGAGUACCUAAAGAAAACAUAAUGGUUAUAAACUCAACAAUUUUAGUUAUAAAAAUGAUUUUGCCAUUUAUUUUAGCGAAAAUAACUUCUGGUCUAAAACCGAUGAACUUAUUCUUAACAGCAGCACCAGCCAGAUUACUUUGGAACCUUUCAUUUUUGGCUUUUGUUUAUUAUACACCGACAUUGAUAACAAUAAAUGGAUCUGUUAGUGUUCCAAUAUAUUACUAUGCACUUUUAGUAUUUAUAUUAUCAAUACACGAUAUUAUAGCCAACACUAUGCAUGUAUCUGCAUUGGUUUUUUUCUCUCGAAUAAGUGAUUCCCGUUUUGGUGGUACUUACAUGUCAUUAUUGGGUACACUUUUAAGUUUGGGAGGAGCAUGGUCGUCUUCGGUCGCCAUUGGAAUGGUAGAUUUCCUAACGUUUAAACAAUGUUCUUUAGAUCACCAGAAUAGUUGCUCUACAAAAAAUCUAAAAAACAUGUGUAAAACAAUUGGAGGUGACUGUGUUGUUAUAGUGAACGGGUAUUACGUAGAAACGGCUGUGUGCACCAUUAUGGGAAUCAUUUGGUUUUGUAUAUUUAGAAAGAUCCUUAAAAAUAUUCAAACUAAGGGCCGUUCUUAUUGGUUGGUCGAUAUAAAGAGACCAAGAAAAUGA